ACAUCUACAUUUCUUUCAUACUCUAUAUUCUACAUCACAAAAUCUUGUGGCAUAUUGACAGUGUAUACGGCAAAAACAGGUAUCGUAUAUAAUUUGUUAAUAUUUUUAUUGUAAGUACGUGUUAUUUUGAUUUCAUCAAGACAUUUUAUAUUUCGGUAACAAUUAUUUGUUUUAUUCGAUUGAAGGUUUUGUCAAAAUGGAACUUAGAUUAUUGGAGAGGAUACAAAAACUUGGGUAUGUAACUUGAGGUUAUGAUGUUCAAUGUUAUACUAUUAUCUACAAUUUUUUUUAAAAAUUAUAUAAUUUUAUAGACGUUUAUUGGUUUUUUAGUAGUUUAAAACAGGAUAUAUUUCAAAAAACCGUAUGCCAUGUGAAUAUCGUAAUUAAUGCUGUAAUAUUCAAAUUUUAUUUUAUUAUAAUCUUGAAAUAGGCAUGAUCGCAACUAGUAAAUACUAAUCAUAUACAGUGUUUAAAGGAAAUUCUUUAUUUAUAUGCAAUAAAUUUUAAUUGAACAUAUAAAAUUAUUAGUGCAAUUCUUCAUAACUGUAUAUUUAAUAUCAGUGUUAUCGUAUCAUCUAAAAAAAAUUUUUUUUUACAGGUAUAAUGGUCAACUAAUAGAUCCUAGUAAAUUUAAAGAGGCUCUAAAACAAGGUCCAAAAUCAAUAGAAUUUACACAGCUUGUAGCGUGGUUAGCAGAUGAACUUGCAAUACUCAAUGAUAUGGAUGAAACUAUCCAUGCAAUAGUGUCUCCAGAUGAUUCUAGUUCUUUCCUAUUAGAGUUAAGCUGUUUUCUUAAGGAAUUAGGAUGUAUGAAUAAGAGAUUAAUGACUGGUAAUGUUAAUACAAGACUAGCAACUGAACAAGAUAGGUGUAUCUUAUUAGAUUUUUUGGGAGCAGAAUUGAAAACUUGCAGAUUAUUAGAAUUUAGGAAACAAUGUGAAGCAAGUUCAAGUUCAAGUUCAAGUUCAAGUUCAACGACUGUUGUUGUUGAAGAGAGUGAUACAGCUAAAGAUCUUAAAGAUAUGUUAAUAGCUUUAAAUUUUGAGAAACCACCAGAUGAUAUCACUACUGAGAAGCUCUUUACAAGACUGCAUAACAAAUUGACUGAAGUGUUAAAAACAGCUCCUUCUGAGUUAGUAGGGCAACCAUUAAUUACUCAUGAAUUCUCAGAAGAAGAUUGGAACGAUCUUCAACAUAUACAACAAGAGUUACAUGAUGAAUAUCGAAUGCGUCGUGAUAUGUUGCUCAAAAGGCUUGAUGUAACAGUGCAGUCUUUUCUAUGGUCAGAUAGAAUAAAACCUCAAGAAGCUGAAGUAAAUAGACAAUAUGAAGAAACUAGGAAACUUCUAAGUGCAGAACCAGAUGUUACAUUUGCUGAUUUACUAGCGGCGAGAGAUGAUAUUGCACUAAUGGAGAAAACAAGCAAUGCAAGUGUUCGAAAAAAUACUCAAACUGAAAUUAAUAAAGUUAUUAUAGGAGAGGUACCAGAUAGAGGUGGAAGACCGUAUGAACAAGAACCUCCACCGCCUGAAAUGCCACCUUGGCAAAAAGAUCGAGUACCUGGACCUUCAACUUCUGGAGGUGGACGAGGAGGUAGAGGUGGUGGUCGUGGAAGUGGCAGCAAUUUUCAAACUUCUAAUUCCUAUAUCGGUGAUAAAAAUUCAUACAGUGGUAAUACUGGUUAUGGAGAUAGCAGUUACGCUUCUAAUAGUGGUGGAGGAGGAGGAUAUGGAGGAAAACAAGGAGGAUAUGGAGGAGGACAAGGAAGCGGAUAUGGAGGAGGACAAGGAAGUGGAUAUGGAGGUGGAUAUGGAGGAGGGCAAAGAAGUGGAUAUGGAGGAGGACAAGGAGGUGGGUAUGGAGGAGGACAAGGAAGUGGAUAUGGAGGACAAGAAGGUGGAUAUGCAGGCGGAUAUGGAACAGGACAAGGAAAUUAUAAAAGUAGUCAAGGAGGUGGUUAUAAAGGAGGUCAAGGAAGUGGUUAUAAAGGAGGUCAAGGCAGCAGUGGUUAUAAAGGAAGUCAAGGAAGUAGUUAUGGAGGAGGAGGACAAGGAGGUGGUUAUGGAGGAGCAGGGCAAGGAGGUGGUUAUGGAGGAGGGGGACAAGGAAGUGGUUAUGGAGAAGGGGGGCAAGGAAGUGGUUAUGGAAAAGGAGGACAACGAGGUGGUUAUGGAGGAGGAGGUCAAGGAAGUAGUUACGGAGGAGGAGGUCAAGGAAGUAGUUACGGAGGAGGAGGACAAAAAGCUGGAUAUGGAGGAGGACAAGGAGGUAGUUAUGGAGGUGGUGGGAAUAAUAGUUACAGUGGAGACAGCAGAGAUGGAGGAUAUAAAUCUGAAUAUAAAGGUGGACAACAGUAUCAAAGAGGAAGUAGUGGUAGAGGAAGAGGAGGUAGAGUUCAAGGAGGUUGGAAUCAAAGCGGCGCGAAUUCUGGAACAGAUAAUUAUCAACGUGGAUAUAAUCGUGGAGGAGGCAAAGGAGGACGACAAUACUAAAAUAUUUUAUGUAAAUUAUUAUUCUUAUGAUCAUAAUCAUAAUAGUAAAAAAUAUUUACAUCACAGAGCAUAAUAAUUAAUAUCAAUGAAUUUCUAUAUAACAUAUAAAUGCUUAUAUUAUAUUUCCGAAAUAUUAAUUCUAAAAUUAAAAAUAAAAUUAGAAACAUUGAUAUUAUUUUUAUAACAUAAAUUAUUUAAUUAGCGAAUUGUAAUAAUUGUUAUAUUCUACUUUAUAAUACUUUUUUUGUGUGUUCUGAAUAUUAAUUUUGGCUAUGUACUUGCGUUUGAAUUUUGUAUAUAUGCAUUUUUUGUAUAAUGGAGAAAUGUCAAGAAUGUUGAAAUUAAUCUGUAUAAUGUAAGAAUGCGAAUAGACACAAAAUUGAUUGAUUAAAUUAUUUAAUUGUAUAAAAUAAUUACUGAAUAUAUAUUAAUGCAUAUCAAUAAUUUAUAUUUGAAUAUGGAUGAAUAUAUAUAUAAAAAGUACAUCAAGUGAUUUAAUUCUCAUCUAAUGAUUAUCUUGAGUGAUUAUUAAUUAAUUUUCUUCAAGUUUAUAAAUGAAUACUAUAUUGUAUUGCGAAAAUUUGUACAAAAAUUAAUUAUACUCAGAAUUUUUU